GCGAAGGAAUUGGUCUGCUUUGGCGAAACGUGGGUUACCGAACAUGAAAAUGACUUCGUUGGGCGACUAGCGAGUUUUUUUUUUUUUUAAAGGAAAAUUUGAAUGAUUUUUAUUUCCAAGUAUGAAUAAAACUUCUUUGACUCGAAAUAAUUAAUCGAACAAAAUGGCUAGAUUUUUAAGUAAAUUCAGACAAGCGAUGGUUUUUAAGUUAUCACAGAAAACAUUUUCUACAAAUGGAGAACAGGUUUUAACAAAAUUACUUCAUAAUAAGUUUCCCAAGGCUGCUACUAUAAAAGUAUCUGAUAUUUCAGGUGGAUGUGGUUCCAUGUUUGAAAUAAGUAUCGAAAGUAAAGAAUUUCAAGGUAAAAGCAGAGUUCAACAACAUAUGAUGGUUAAUCAGGCAUUAAAAAAUGAAAUCAAAGAUAUGCAUGGAUUGAGAAUAUUUACUUCAGUACCUGAAUCUUGAUAGGAAUGAAUUUUAUAUUAUCAAUAUUUUAUAGAGAAUUAUUUGUGUAGCGUAUUUAUUUGAAAAACAAUUUGAUCAUUUAAAUGUAAUUUGAAAAGUAUCAU